CGUUGAGUGGCGGGGGGCUGACUGAAGAGCGGGUGGAGCGGGGAGCGGCUCUUGAGGCCGAGCGGCUCGUUGGGACGCCUGCUUUUGAGGCUCUGAACUUAGGUGUAGGUCGGGAGCACAGCCCGCGGCCACAGGGGGGAAGGGGGUGGGUGGGUCAGAGCAGCGAGGGUGGGCGCGCCCGCCGCCCCUUCCCCCCACGCCUGUCGACCUUGUGGGCAGAAGCUUCUCGGAGCUCCUCAACGCCGGCGAGAUGGCGACUGUCGCGGAGACGGAGACGGCUCUGCCGACGGACGCCAGCUGGGAAAGCAGCGGCGGCAGCGGCGACGAUGAGAUGAAGCCGGAGUUUCCGGAUCUUGAGUCCUCCGCACAAGAUGGCGGCGGCCUCGCCAUCGCCGAGCCCAGCGGUGGCAGCGGUGGUGGUGGCGGCGGCGGCGGCGGCGGCGGCGGGCCCGAGGAGUUCGCGGUGGCCGAGGCCGCCCAGAGCCUCAGCCACGACGAGCAGCCUCCGGACUCCUCGGACGCGGGCGCGGCCUCCCUACCCAACGGCCCCGAAGAGCCGGAAAGGCCCGUUAGGAGGAGUUUUCAGAUCCCCAGGAAGAGCAGAGAAAAGAAAGCACUUUUCCAGCCAUUAACUCCAGGUUCUCGAGAAUUUGAAGAUGUUUUAAAUAUUCUCCAUUCAGCUUACCUUGAACCAACAUCAAUGACAAAUUUUAACUACAAACGAGCUUGCUUGAUACAUAAUGAGUUACUGGAAAAGGAGUUUACAGAAAAGCGAAGAGAACUGAAAUUUGAUGGUCGUUUAGAUAAGGAACUUUCAGAAUCCUAUGCAUUUCUCAUGGUUGAUCGAUACCAGGUUCAAAGCAUAUGUGAAAAAGGAUUACAGGUGGGCCAGUCCAAAAUAACAAUUCUUGGCAGUCCUUCCAUGGGUAUCUAUCUUUCUAGGUAUGCUGAUUUAUUACAAGCUAAUCCUUUGGAAGCUGGGGCAAUGGGUGAUGUUGUUAUUUUUAAAAUUAUGAAGGGUAAAAUAAAGAGUAUAUAUGACCCCAUGAGUGUAAAAAGCUUGGAAUCUAUGUUAAAUAAAAGUGCUUUGGACCCAACACCAAAGCAUGAAUGUCAUGUGUCGAAGAAUGCCAGUAGAAUUACAUCCCUUUUGGCUUACAGAGCCUAUGAGCUUACUCAGUAUUAUUUUUAUGAGUAUGGCUUUGAUGAACUAAGGCGAAGACCAAGACAUGUUUGUCCAUAUGCAGUUGUGUCUUUUACUUACAAAGAUGAUGUCCAAACUUCAAAGUUUGUAUCUUCAUUGAGAUCUAACAGCUUUAAUGCAGAUAGAAACAUAGAUAAAUUUAAUUACACCUUGUGGAAAGGACAGCUUUUAAAUAAAGGAAAGCUUCUGUGCUAUAUUUCUCUGAGGUCAUCCACUCGUGCUUUUUUGCCUAUCAAGCUUCCUGAGAAAUUAGAUGUUGAAACAGUUAUGAGUAUUGAUCUUCUGAAACAGAAAAUUCCUCCAGCAUUGUUUUAUAAGGAAACAUACUUAGGUCCAAAUGAAGUUUUGAAGAAUGGAAUGUAUUGCAGCCUUUAUGAAGUUGUAGAAAAGACAAGAAUUGGAAGUAACAUGGAGAAUUUACUGCAAAAACUAGAGAAAGAAAAACUUGUUCUUGUUAAACCUUUGGGAGACCGAGGAUUCCUUUUUCUUCUCUCUCCUUAUCAGAUGGUUCCACCAUAUGAACACCAGACUAUCAAGUCUCGAAUACUACAUGCUUUGUUUCUGUUUCAAGAACCGAGAGGCAUAGUUACUUCACAUAAAGGUUCAACCAGUGCAGCACCACAGGAGAGGCAUGAGAACAUGCCAGAUGUAUUAAAAAUAGCUCAGUUUUUACAGUUUGCUUUGAUUCAGUGUCGAAAGGAAUUCAAAAGUAUAAAUACUGUCAAUUUUCAUUCUGCUGUUGAAAAGUAUGUGAAGGAAUUUUUUAAACGAGGUUUUGGUUCAGGUAAACGAGAGUUUAUCAUGUUUCCAUACGAUUCACGGUUAGAUGACAAAAAGUUCCUGUACUCAGCACCAAAAAAUAAAUCCCAUAUUGAUGACUGUUUGCAUACCUAUAUUUUUCGGCCUGAAAUGUAUCAGUUACCUAUUUUUAAAUUGAAAGAGCUAUUUGAAGAAAAUAGAAAACUUCAAGAGUUUAGUCCACUUUCAGAUUAUGAAGGUCAAGAAGAAGAAAUGAAUGGUACAAAAAUGAAAUUUAGAAAACGAACUAACUCAAGAAGUGAAAGCAUUAAACCUGGAAAGCAAAAGUCAUCUCAUUCUUUGGAUUAUGAUAAGGAUCGAGUCAAAGAAUUGAUUAAUUUAAUUCAGUGUAGGAAAAAAAAUGUGGGUGGGGACCUAGACAAAGAAGAUAUGAGAAACAAAACUGUUCUGAAGAGGAAGCUUGAGGAUCUACCUGAAAAUAUGAGAAAACUCGCCAAAACCAGCAGUUUAUCUGAAAAUUGCCAUCUGUAUGAAGAGUCUCCACAGCCCAUUGGCCUACUUGGGCACAAUGCUGAUUUGAGACUACAGCAGCAGGAUACCUGUAACAAGGACAUCCAUAAGCUGUUUAAUUGGCUAUCAGAAACACUUGCAAAUGCACGCCAUUCUGAUGCAUCCCUGACAGACACAGUCAACAAAGCCUUAGGGUUGAAUACUGAUGAUGCCUAUGAAGAGCUGAGGCAGAAGCAUAAGUAUGAGUUGAGUUGUACCACAGACAAGAAUGAAUAUGAGCAGCCUACUUGUGCAAAAAUUGAAAAUACACAUUUUAAGGGUGUUCCAAGCCCAUUGCUAGAAGUUGAUACAACAUCUUUGAAGUUUCCUGGUGGUUCUACCAGUGACAUAGGCACUGACCAUAAGCUACAUGUGAAAGAAGAUCCAAAUUUAAUUAACAUCAAUAAUUUUGAAGAGUGCAGUUUGUGUCCCUCUGUUCCCAUUGAACAUGGGUUCCGGAGACAGCAGCCUAAGUCAAAUAAUGUUGAAGAGACGGAAAUACAUUGGAAACUGAUUCCAAUUACAGGAGGGAAUUCAAGAAGCCCAGAGGACCAGCUGGGGAAACACGGUGAGAAACAAACAGCAGGUAUGAAAUCACCAGAAGAACAACUGGUGUGUCUGCCGCCGACAGAGGCUUUUCCUAACGACCCCCGGGUAAUAAGUAGACAGAGAAGUUCUGAUUACCAGUUUCCAUCCUCUCCAUUUACAGACACACUGAAGGGCACCAGUGAGGAUGACGUGUUGACAGGUCAGGUGGUGACAGUGGAAGAGCAGUGUGUGCCAGCAACAGAGCCUCCAGCAGUGAGCGAAACUACAGAGAGAACAGUGUUAGGAGAGUUCAUUCUCUUUUCUAGGAAGAUAGAAGAGAUUUUGAAGCAAAAGAAUGUUUCAUAUGUUAGUAGAAAAUCCACACCUAUCUUUUCAACACAAGAGAAGAUGAAACGCCUUUCUGAGUUCAUAUAUUCUAAGACUUCCAAAGCUGGUGUACAGGAAUUUGUAGAUGGAUUGCAUGAAAAACUAAAUAGUAUUAUUAUUAAAGCAUCAGCAAAGGGUGGGAAUUUGCCACCAGUCAGUCCUAUUGAUGCUGGUACUAAGAUGGCAUUGAAUCCUCUGGGAAGACAUGUCGUAUCAGUUUCCUCAAGUGACUUCGACAAUAAAGACCUCCUCGAGCCAUUAUGUAGUGAUGCUUUGAAAGACACCAACUCUAAUGAACAGCAUUCCUCUUUGACUUUCACUGAAGUAGAAAUGAACCAGCCACACCAUGGCACAGAGUUAAUGGUGACUUCAGAUCACACUGAACCUGAUGAUACUUUCCGGGAACCAUUAGAUAAAGAAACAGUAACAUCUCCCUCUGAUGUAAACAUUUCUUCCCAACCAGCUCUUUCAAAUUUCAUAAGCCAGUUAGAACCUGAAGUAUUUAAUAGUUUGGUUAAAAUCAUGAAAGAUGUACAGAAAAAUACUGUGAAGUUUUAUAUUCAUGAAGAAGAAGAGAGUGUUCUCUCUAAGGAAAUAAAGGAAUAUCUUACCAAAUUGGGCAAUACAGAAUGUCAUCCAGAACAGUUUUUGGAAAGAAGAUCAAAAUUAGAUAAACUAUUGAUUAUUAUUCAAAAUGAAGACAUUGCAGGCUUCAUUCACAAGGUACCUGGCUUGGUGACUUUAAAGAAGCUCCCCUGUGUUAGUUUUGCUGGUGUUGAUAGCCUGGAUGAUGUUAAAAAUCAUACGUACAAUGAGUUAUUUGUAUCUGGAGGUUUUAUUGUGUCUGAUGAGUCAAUUCUGAAUCCAGAGGUUGUCACGAUUGAGAGCCUUAAAAAAUUUUUGACAUUCCUUGAAGAACUUAGUACUCCAGAAGGAAAAUGGCAGUGGAAAGUCCACUGUAAAUUCCAGAAAAAACUAAAGGAACUGGGCAGAUUGAAUACUAAAGCUCUAAGUCUGUUGACACUUUUGAAUGUCUACCAGAAGAGACAUCUGGUUGAAAUUUUGUCAUACCACAAUUGUGAUUCACAAACUCGAAAUGCUCCAGAGUUGGAUUGCCUUAUCAGACUUCAGGCUCAGAACAUACAACAACGACACAUAGUCUUUUUAACAGAGAAGAGUAUCAAGAUACUUUCCAGUUAUACAGAUAAUGGAAUAGUAGUUGCAAGUGCUGAAGACUUUAUGCAAAACUUUAAAAAUCUUGUGGGCUAUCACAACUUAAUCACAGAAGAAAACGUUCCAGUGCUUGGUGCUAAUGAGAAUCUUGAGUCACAGUCAGAUGCUGUUUUGACAUUAACCCCUUUGGAGCUGGGAGUUGGGAUUUCCCAACAUUAAACGUGAACACAUUUCGCAGAAGCUUUUAGCAUCGGAUUAUCUGGACAUUCACACCUAGUGUGAGUGUUGUGACUAAGUGAACUUGUGGCAGAAGACCAAGCUUUAAGGGAUUGUGGACUUGCAGAUCCUGACGCGUUAUAUUGUGUGAGUAGUGUAUAAUUUUAAAACUUAAACAAAUUGUGUAUUUCAAUAGAGGAGGACUUUUUGUUUUUUAAAUGUAGCUCUUUUAGAAAACGAUGAAAAGGAUGAAGAGGAUAUGUCUCUGGAUUCAGGGGAUGAAAUCUCACAUAUAGAAGUAUUCAGCAAUUUUCAUUCAGAAAUAUUGGCGAAACAGACCAAAGGAUCAAGUGGAACAGAUCAAAAAAAGAAUAUUCAAAUUGAAUUGCAAUCGUCUCUUGACGUGCAAAAAAGUUUAUUAGAAGAUAAGACUUACCAAAUUGAUUGUGAAGACAGAGCUCCUAUUGAUAUAGUAUGCUCUGAAGGAGAGGACAGCAAUUCAGAACAAGAUUCAUAUAGCAACUUUCAGGUUUACCAAAAUCAAUUAAAUAUGUCCCAUCAGUUUAGUCAUUUUAAUGUUCUCACUCACCAGACAUUUUUGGGGACACCAUAUGCCCUUUCAUCAAGUCAGUCUCAAGAAAAAGAAAAUUUCUGUCUGCUUACAAAAAGCUUUGAUAGAAAUCUCCAUUAAGUUAAGGGAAAAAAUGAUCAUUAUUACAGUAACUUCUUUUUAUAAGGCUAUUGUGGACUUUUGUUUCUGUUUCUUAAAAGUGAAUUAACAAUUUAUAUUUCAUUCUCUAAAGGUUUCUUAUCCUUUCUAAAAUGUUUUUUCCUCUUAUUUAAAUCAUGAUGGCCUGUAACAUUUGAAGCAUCUGAAAAUUGAAAUAAAUAUAUAUAUAUUUUUAACAUA